AUGGCCACCGAAGAUGCCAGAUACCGUUCGUCAAGCCAAUACCGCGUCUGGUCGUACAGCCCUGCUCGUCUACAGGAGCUUCGCGCAAGCACCAACGCGCUCGCAAAGCAACAGAUCGCACCACAUCUACCCGCCGAUCCCGCACCCGACUUCGUUACAGCAGAGGAGGAGCUGCGACUGGUACAAUGGGCGACCGUGGAGCUCCUCCGCGCGGGCGAAUUUCUCGGGAUCCCAACCGAAAUUCGAGCGACCGCGGCCAUCUUUUUCCGCCGAUUCUACGUCACCAACUCUGUCAUGACCUACGCGCCGACCGAGCUCCUCAAGACGUCACUGUUCUUCGCAUGCAAAGCCGACAACCACCACAUGUCCUUGGGUGAGCUCAGCAGUAAGCUGCAGGGCACGACAGCCGAGCAGAUCCUGGCGGGCGAGUUCUUACUCUGCCAGGGCAUGCGGUUCUGCUUCGACGUGCACCAUCCUUUCCGCGCGCUGGAGGGCGCUAUCUUGGAACUCAGGCGGCAAGCGCCCCACGAAGAAGAGCGGAUUCGCCAAGCACACGUACGGACGCGGGAGAUCCUCAAAUUCAGUCCGUUGAUGACGGAUGUUUACUUCCACUACACACCGAGUCAGAUCAUGAUGGCCGCGCUGCAGAUGGUAGACGCAGGGUUUGCGGACAUGCUCAUACCGGGGAGCGGCAGCGGAGAUGAUACGGCUACUGCUGCCCAUGCGCAAAUGCGGGACAGGAUAAUGGGUGCGAUUGCCAAUUGCCGGGCCAUGCUCGAGGAGGAGCCCCCGAGUAGGCUCACUGAAUUCUGGAUUACACCAAUGAAGCCUCUGCGUCGAAAGCUUCAGAAAUGCCGGGAUCCCGCUCGACUCGAUCUCGUUGCGUACCAGAGGUCGAAGCGCGAAGAAGCUCUGAACAAGGAAAAGAAAGACGCCAAUAUGGCGGACGAUGAUGUGUUUGGUGGCGGCGGCAGUGCGCGCGAUACCAAGCGCAGAAAAGUCGACGCGGUUGAAGAUCCUUUUGGACCGGCCCUCUGA